UUCUCAAGCCUAAAUUCUACAUUCUGAGGGAGAGAGUAAGACUAAAGAGAGAGGGGGACUGUACUGUACAUUAACUGUCUGUAUGGUGCAGACUCUAUAACACUGUCAUGGCUAGGGCUAGGGUCAGGCAUGCAGCAGUCUGCCUGCUGCUUCUGCUGAUCGUGGCACUGGUUAUCAGUGCUGACGCAGAAGCAGAGAUGCGAAGAAAGAAUCUCAGGAGACAGAAGAGAGAAUGGAUCCUGCCUCCUGCCAAAAUCUACGAGAAUACCGACUACACACAAAGAGAGUACAUUGCCAAGAUCCGCUCUGAUAAGGACAAAGAGGCGAAGGUGGAGUAUUACCUGGCAGGGAAGGGGGCUGACAAACCCCCCUUUAACCUCUUUAUUGUCAACCCCGAGAAUGGCUUUGUACGCAUCACUGGCAUCCUGGACCGGGAGAAAUGCCCCAUGUACAACUUGACUGGAGUGGCCAGGUACAGAAACGGGACCUUGGCGGAAGCAAAUAUUCCUCUGCAGAUUCAUGUCGUUGAUCUGAACGAUAACUCACCUUACUUUGAGCUGCACUCUGGGUCCAUCGCAGAGUCCAGCAAAGCAGGCACAGAAAUCAUGCAGAUCAUUGGGAAAGAUGACGAUCAGGAGGGGAGCAUCAACUCUAAGAUCCAUUACAAGAUCCUCAGCCAGAAACCAGCAGGGUCCGGAGCCAUGUUCACCAUCGAUGAGAAUACAGGGAAACUCUUCGUCAAGGAUGCCACACUGGACAGAGAGACUCACGAUUCGUACACUAUAAUCGUCCAAGGGGCAGAUAUGGGCGGGGCAGCUGGAGGCAACACGGGAACAGGAACUGUGGAAAUAAAGGUCCUGGACAUCAAUGACAACAUCCCCACACUGGAGAAGGGGCAGUAUGCAGGGAAAGUUGACGAGAACAUUGCUGAUGUCAUUGUGAUGAGGAUCAAAGCAGUGGACAGAGAUCUAGAACACACAGAUAACUGGCGGGCCGUCUUUCACAUCGCCCAAGGCAACGAGGACGGACUCUUCUCCAUCGAGACGGACCAAGACACCAACGAAGGCAUUCUGAAGCUGAUCAAGGCAGUAGAUUUCGAGGAAGUCCAGAAAUUUGAACUUGGAAUAGUCAUUGAGAACGUAGCUCCUUUUGUUGUAGGGAAUGCUGUAGCGAUGGAUGUGGAUGUUUAUGCUGGGGAGGGGGGAGGGCCGGGAGCUGGAACUGGAGCUGGAGCUGGGGCAGGGGCAGGGGCUGGAGUUGGUGUUAAUGUAGGAGUGGAUGUUGGGGGAGAUGUGGGGGUGAAUGCAGGGGUGGAUGUGAAUGUAGAUGCUGGAGCUGGAGCUGGGCCCGGGGUAGGUAUUGGGGCUGGGGUUAAACCAGGAGGAGUUGGGCCUGGGGUUAAGCCUGAUCCCAAUGGGAAGCCGAAACCAAAGCCAAAGCCUAAAGGGGGGAAGAACUACCCGAUUUCGAUUGCAGUUAACAACAUGCCGGAAGGUCCAGCAUUUAAGCCCAGCACCAAGCCUGUGACUGUCUCUGAGGAUCCCAACAAAAUGCCGAAGGAUGGAGUGAUCGCCUCGUACCCUGCUGUGGACGGAGAUACAGGGGAGCCUGCUGAGGACGUCAGGUAUGCCAAAGCCUAUGACCCAGACAACUGGGUGACCAUCGAUGACAAGACAGCUGAGAUAAGACUUAUCAAGACGCCAGAUCGAGAGUCUAAGUUCUUGGUGAAUGGGACAUACUUUGCCAAGAUACUCGUCAUUACCCAAGAUAUGCCCUCUAAGACAGCCACGGGCACCAUAGCUAUCCAGGUCCAAGACUCCAACGACCACUGCCCCAUGCUUACUACUACCUAUGAGAGCGUGUGCUCGGGCAAACAUACGGUCAACGCCACCGCGUUCGACGAGGAUGUCUCGCCCAAUGGAGCUCCGUUCACCUUCACCGUGGUGGCUGAGGGGACACGUGGCAAAUGGGAAAUAGAACACAUCAAUGGCACGACGGCUGUCCUGCGAUCUACUGAGGCGUUGUGGCCGGGUGAGUAUGAGGUGAGGGUGGCGGUGGCAGACGAGCAGGGCCUGUCCUGCCCAGCACCACAGGUGUUCAAGGUGGAGGUAUGUACCUGUUUGGAGGGGGAAGACUGUGACUCCAGAACUAUCAGUUUACGCCAAAAGACCACCGACGCCAAAAUUGGUACCCCUGCCAUCGGACUGCUCAUCUUAGCCAGCUGUGUUCUGCUACUGGUACCUCUGCUGCUGCUGUUCUGUCAGUGUAGAGGAGCCUUCGCUGACCAGUUCACUGACCUGCCGUUCGAUGCCAAGGAAUACCUCAUAUCCUACCACACUGAGGGAAAGGGAGAGGAUAAGGAGGUGCCCCUACUCAGUAUUCCUACAACUGUAACUGAUGGAAGGGCUGCACUAGGAACAGGAUCAAUUCAGCCAGCAAACAUUGCCACAAAAUCCUCACGUGAUACUACAAAUAAUAUACGUCAGAGCAGUGGGGUCUCCAGUGAGGACAUGCAUACACUGCGUCGGGAGCAGAGCCACAGGCCCAUGGGUAUGGAGAUAGACUACAGCUAUGGACUCCAGAAUGGUGGAGGCUUUGAGGCUAGUAUGGGGCUGGGAAGCAGCACCAUGCAUUCCAGAUACACCACACACACCUCACAUGUCAAACAAGACAUCUAUGAGGACAUGGCACUCCCAUGUACUUUCCUGGAUAGCUACUACUCACAGAAAGUGGCAUGUGCAUCUCAGAACCCUCCACAGAAGGACAGUAUGUUGGUGUAUGACUACGAGGGCCAGGGCUCUCCUGUGGGCUCAGUGGGAUGCUGCAGCCUCCUGGAAUCUGACAACAACCUCCAGUUCCUCAAUGACAUGGGGCCAAAGUUCAAGACCCUGGCUGACAUCUGCUCUCCUCCAAAACCUCAACCCAAACCCAGAAUGGUGGAGCGCAUCGUCGAGCCAAAACACCCUGAAAUCAAAAGAGAGAGCAUCGUCACCGCCAGCAAUGUCAACAUCACCAAAUCUUCCAUUAGAAAUGUCAAUAUCAACCCAUCGUCCACCAGCACCAGCAGAGUCAAUAUCUCCCAAACACCUCCCACCAGUCCCCCUGCCACUGGAGUUAGUAACUUCUCUAACAGUCAGUCCGCCACUUUCCCACCGCCCCCUACCCAGACGAUUCUGCUGCAGCAACAGCCUAUGUACUACACCACCAUGCAGCCCGUUGUGCAGCCCCUGAUGCAACCCAUACAGUAUGUACUGGCUGAUGGCGGCUCUACUACCAACCUAAAGCGUAUGGUAGUGCUCAACGGGCCCCCUGUGUCUGGAAGCAUGGGAAGUCUGGGAGGCCUUGUCAUCCAAGGCAACAGGGUCAUAUCAGAGACCUCCACAAGCCCCAUCAGUCCCAGUAGCCCAGGAAGCCCCACCAUGCUGGGGCUGGGUAGUCCCAGUAGCCCAGGAAGCCCCACCAUGCUGGGGCUGGGUAGUCCCAGAAGCCCUGGCUGGAUCCAAGGCUCCCUACCCAGAGGUGGCCUGGGUGGUCUGUCUGUAGUGGGGCACAGCCCUGAUGGUAACUAUGUUUACAUGGAAAGGCAGGUUAAUGUAAGUGGAGAGCCACAGGUGGGGUCUGGGGUCCCAGGUGUACCUUCUCAGGGCAGUUUGCCCAGGGGUGCAUUCCUGGUGAAGGAGGCUGCUCCCCCUCAGGGGGUUUUAGGCCUGGCAGCCCAGGGUGUGGGUGGGGGUGGUGGAGGUGUGUAUGGCGUUAUGCCAGGACACAACUUUACAAGGGUGAGGCAGGUUGGGGGUGGGCCUAUUGGGGUUGGGCCAGCUGGAAUGGGGCCAGGGAGGGUAGGGCAGAUAGUUAUAGGAUCGCAGGGACUCCCAAUGUGGGUGCCACAGAGCCCCCCAGGGGGUCGCCGUGGCCAGAUGGAGGGGGCAGCGCCAACAGGUGAAUCUCAACCAACUCCGGUUACUGUUGAAAUUCCAGAGUCAUUUGAGUCAGUGGCAGAACCAGGUGAACCAGGUGAGCAAAUAGAGGAGGAGGAAGAGGAGGAAGAGGAAGGAGAGGAGGAGGAAGAAGAGGAACAGCAGGAGGAAGAGAAUGAGGAGGAGGAAAAGGAGCCUUUAGAACAGACAAAAGAAACAGCUGUGACUGAGGAAGAACCCGUAACUUUAGCUUUGGCCUCAGAGCCAUCAACAGAACAGGUUGAGCCAUCUGAGUCACUGGAACACAAACUAACAUACCAAUCCAUUGAGUCAAGCCAUCCAACAGAGGAAGAUGCAUCAACUCAAUUAAAUGAAGUCUCUGGAGCUCUCGAUGAAGAAGGCCUAGUUGACUCUGAGGACCAGCUGUCCGAUGAGGAUGUGUCCAUGGUAGUCGAGGCCUCCUCAGAAGAAGCAUCCAUGUCCGAAUCAGACAUUAUAGAUUUAGUUGGUACAGAUCAGCCAACCGAGGAUGAAGACUUUAUAGAUCUAGUUGGUACAGAUCAGUCAGCCGAGGAAGAAGACAUUAUAGAUCUAGUUGGUACAGAUCAGCCAGCAGAGGAAGAAGACAUUAUAGAUCUAGUUGGUACAGAUCAGGGAACCGAGGAAGAAUCAGCAGAACUGACUCUGGAGGAAGAAGUGGUUUCAGAAUCGCAGGAAGUUGAGCUAACGGUGGAUCCAGUCACUAACGGUCAACUAGAGAAGGGUAUUACUGAGACAGAAGAGAUAAUGAUAUCAGAAGCACAGCAAGAUCAGGUCACAGUUGAUGACAUCACUGAUAGCCAAGAGGAGGGUACAGCUGAGGAGGAAAUUAUGUCACAGCUUCAGUUAGAUGAGCUCACAGUAGAUAGCCUAACAGAUAACCAGGAUGAGGAGGGGAAGGCACCUGAAGAAGUUUUCUUAAAAUCAGAAUUGCCCAUAGCAGCUUACAGUGCACUUGAUGGCCAAAAAGAAGAGGGUAGUCCUGAGGAGGAAUUGGUGUCAGAGUUGCGGCAGAAUCAGCCAAUAUCACAUAGCGACACUGAUGUCCAGGAGGAGGGAAGUCAGGGAGAUGAGGCAGCGCUGAGUGCUCAGAUAGGAGAGGUGAAGGGAAAGAUGGAGGAAAAGGUGGAGAUUGAGGGAGAGGUGGAGUCUUCCCAGGCGACAGAGGAGGAUGUGGAGGGAGAUGUGGAGUCUUCCCAGGCGACAGAGGAGGAUGUGGAGGGAGAGGUGGAGUCUUCCCAGGCGACAGAAGGAGGAGGUGGAGGGAGAGGUGGAGUCUUCCCAGGUGACAGAGGAGGAGGUGGAGGGAGAGGUGGGAGAGGUGGUGGGAGAGGUGGAGUCUUCCCAGGCGACAGAGGAUACCUCUGUGGUACAGAGUGAAGCAUUUGAUGAGUCAGCACCAGAACAGGAGUACACAGAGGUAGAUCAGGACAUAGAGACAUCAGAAGAGACUGGAACACUAGACUCAGAGAACAUAGAGGACAUACCAAGCCAGUUUACUACAGGCCUGAUGCCAACAUCAGGUGAUGGAAUGAUAGAAGAGGGCACUGUUGUUAGGGAGAGCCAAGUUUCUGUUGAUCAAGAUUUAUCUGGAGGCGCAGACUUAGUGACUGUGGAGGGUGAGGUGGAGUCUGUUGAACUAGUGGCAGAAGAAGCAGUUUGUUCAGCCCUAAAGGCUACAGGUGAUUUAGAGGAAUCUGAAGAAGAGGAUGACGAGGUGGGAGAGAGUCUGGUCACCUCUCGCCAAAUCGCUGAAGUCAAAACACUAAGAGUAGAAGUAGACGAUAGUGAGAAUGUAGUAGGAGAGGAGAUGGAGUCUGCUGUUGAGACAGUUGAAGAAGUAGAGGUGACCUCCUCAACACCAGAGGCUACAGGUGAGGUUGCUGUUGAGGCAGGUGAGGCUAUAAAUGCAGUGGCAGGUGCAGCAGUGGAUGAUACAGUAGUGGAGGCUGCGGGUGAGACAUCAGAUGAGGCCGCAGGGGCGGCUGGUGGGUCAGAACAGGCCCCAAAGCCAUUGGCUUCAUCUUUCCGUAACAAAUUCAGGAUGGGCUCCAAGAAAGAAUCUACUCCCAAGAGUCCAAAGAGUCCCACAGCAAAGUGCAAACAACAGUGAGAGCUCUUUGCACUCACAGCCAUAAUGUGGAGGACAUUUUUGUAUAUAUCUGACUUUGUUUAUAGGUUUUUGUUCAUUGGUUUUGCUUCACAGGUUUAUGUUUGUCAGUAAUUGGUUUAUCAAUCAUAGAUCUUUUAUGUAAAGCAGUAUGUUGGGUCUUUCAGCUUUUGUGGUUCUGGUCAAAAGUAGUGCACUGUGGCACAGUGGUCUAAGGCACUGCAUCUCAGUGCAAGAGGCUUCACUACAGUCCCUGGUUCGAAUCCAGGCUUUAUCACAUCCGGCUGUGAUUGGGAGUCCCAUAGGGAAAUGCAGUAUGUUUGGUCUUUCGUUUUUUGUGGUAUGUGGUUUUAUUUCAGCCUUUACUACAAAGUCAAUGGGUGUCAGCUUUUUUCAAACAGAAACUACUUAAACAUUGUUAUUGUAAAUCACAAGACAGAGUGGGGUAUGUUUAGAUACAAGACUGCGCUUGUAUGGGGGAAAAUAAAUGUGAAAAAUAAUACUUGUAAUGUACAAUUUAUCCUGCAUUAUCAUAUACUAUAGCACUGGGAAUCACUACACAGACACCAACACCAUUGUUUUUGUUAACAAUGAUGGAAUGCCAACGAUGGUUUAAUGUUUGAAACUUCUGACGUUCAAUGUUUUGUUUCCUUUUUUUAACAAAUAUAAUAAAUGAAAUAAAUUGUCUGAA